UUUCUAUGGAAAUAGUAAAGCCCAAUUGCAGUGAAGCUCAAAUUGGACAAACGACUUGCCAUUAAUAAAUAAUCAGCUUUUAUUUGAUUCCAUCAAAAUGACGUCGACUCCAAGACGUAGACGAAAAAAUUCUCUGAAAAUGGAGGCAAAAUCGUCGCGCAUAAAGUGGAAGAGUAUGAAAUCGCAUCAUGAUCAUGAUAAAGAGAUUAGAAAUAAACGCGAUAAACUGAGUAGGAAGAAAGAGUCACGUGAGUCUCCAGCUCGUGGCCGGCAUGAAGAGGCCUCGCUGCAGCAGAUGCAGCCGCGACAAGACCUGCCUUAUACACGCAAGAGAAGCAAGCAGUCCCCACAGCCAGUCGAUCUGGAAGAUGGCGAAAUAUCUGACGAAGACGUUGAGGAGUCGCUGCCCAUUUGUCGCUUCUAUUUGAGCAACAACUGCACUUGGGGCAGCAGUUGCCGCUUCCGGCACCCGGGUAAAACAGAUAUGGGCAACUAUGUAAUGUUUGAGCGCGUUAACUUGCCGCUGCCGUGGAUGCUGGACAUGUAUGGCAACAUGAACAGCCUGCCGCCUGCGACAGACUGGAUGGACUAUUCGACGAAACAUGAGACAGAGCUGGAGAGCUCAUUUGAGAGAAGCUUGCAAAGCUUUAGGCAAAUGAUGCUGCAGGCUGGCUUUAAGGUAGGCAACGAGCAUGGCGACAAAGAACAGCCUCUGGUGGAAUACAAUGAUUUGGACACUGAUCCCUACUACACGCAACAAGAACACGACGAGUUGCAUGACAAGGAGCACCCACCUAUGCUGGCUCGACUGCAAUGUUUAAACUAUUCUCCAAGCGGCUCGAUCGGGAGCCGUCGUUUCCAUGAGUUGGAUAGGCAAUCUAGUAGAAGCAGCAGUAGCUCAUCCGAUUACUCAUCCACAACGAAUUCGUUAAGCUCCUCCUCGCCAACAACACCUUGGCCAGCAAAUCCACUCAAACGCAAGCCCUACUACAAGCUAAAGGGUCGCAGACUAAGCAAUUACUCAUCCUCGGCCAGCGAUUGGUCUAGCUAUAGCUCCAGUACACAUACCUCUGAGCUGAGCUAUUCUUCGUUGGAUAUGGAUAGCAUCACAUAUUAUCCAAAUUCAAAGAGAAGAUGCAAAACAUAUCGAGAACCUCCGUUGAAAAAUCGAAAAACUAUCGGAAAACUGUCACGAAGAAAACGAAAAACUUAA